GUCGAACAACCCUGCGAGAUGGCGUCGGAGGAAGGCACGGUGACAAAGCUGUUUGCCGGCUUCCUGUGUGUGUGCUGCUGGCUCCAUGGUGCCACUGUGGGUGUCGCUGUGGGGGACGCGCUGGACUUGGCUCAGUUUUUCAUGCUGUCUUUGGGGGUGUGCUUCUCCAUCACGGCAAUCUACCCAACUUCGCGCCGCCUCGCCGCCUCGAUUCUUUUUCUCGCGUGCGCGGUGUUUCUGAGCUCCCUCGUCAAGUCCCUCGUGUUCUUUCGCACACCGAAUCACUCGAAUGCCGUGCUUCCCGACAUCGGCCACGACUUCUUGCCACCGAUUCCGAUCCCGCCGCAGGUUCUCCUCGUCCUCGUGUGUACCGCGACGGCAGUGUUCAUCGCGUUCCACCCGUCCAAAAUGAUCAUAAUGCGUCGCUUACUUCUCAUCUAUGCGUCCCUCAUCAUGGCGCGCACCGUGUUGGCUCUCAUGACGUUCCUCCCCGACUCCAACCCGACAUGCCUCGCCGAGGAGAAGAGUGUCAGUGCCAAGGAAGUCGUGCAGCAUUUUCUCGUGUCCCGACGAGGGUUUGUGGAGUGGUUCGACCACCAGCGCAACACGUCGCUGCACGGGUGCCGCGACUCGAUCUACUGCGGCCACUCGACGCUCCUCGUGCUCUGUGGAAUGACGUGGCACACGUACUACCACCGCGUGGAAGCACCGGUGAACGUCGUCAAGUCUGUCGUGUGGAUCUUUGCCAUCCUAGCCAUGGUGUGCGCCCAGGCCACGAUACUCUCUCUCUGAUCCUGUCGACGUAGGUGAGUUCGUUGGGAAGGCGCGAAACCUACACGCUGGAUGUUGUUUUGUCAACGUAUUUCGCCGUCACGACGUGGGCCACGUACCAUCGAUUGGCGAACGAUGUCCUGACAGGCCAUGUUUUCACGAGCGUGUGGUUAAUCGACAAGAUGGUCGUGUACCCUUUGGUCGAGUGGAUGGAGGCGGAAGGAGGGCCGAAGACGCCGAAGGCAAACAGGAGCGUGCGGCUGUACCGACGUGAUACGCAAGACCACGACGAUGCGGCGGCCUCCGUGCCCCGCAAGAAGAAUACGUUUCGAACAAGCGAGUAUUAGCAUCGAUCAGUUCC